AUACCAGUUACACUAAUUCCUAAAUUUGUAGAUAUACUGUACUGUACAGUCGGACACUCUGUAACGCGGUACUCCCAUAACGACGACUAAAAAUUGCGCCAUGCGUAUGACGUGAUGAAGAAAUUGCUGGAAAUGACUCAUUUCUGAUAUGAAAAUAUGCGUACGUUUGAAUUGACUCGAAACUCAGUUUUGCAUUAACUCUUGUGCGACAAGGAGGGAUUGUUUACAGUGUGCAUUAUGUAAAAGUUAUUAUCGUGGAACGCAUAUUAUUUUAUCAUACUAAAAAAAGAUCACAUAUUUAUUUAGUUAUAGUUUUUUUUUUGCGCUUUUGGAUUCAUAUAACGCGAAAUCUGUAUAACACGGAACGUGUAUCUCACGUUAUAGGCAGUCCUACUGUAUUGUACCAUAUACUGUGUUGCAAGGAGAAACUAGACUAUUAAUAAAACAAAUCAGAGAAAGAGAUUAAAUUUCGCAAAAGAUAAUAAAAAUAAGAUGUAAAAGAGAAGUAAAUAUCAAUAAAGAUAUUUGAGAUAUAACUAUGUAUUCAAAUAAAAGUAAAUUAACAUGUUUAGUUCAGAUGGAUACAAUUACGUGCAAAGAUAUAAAACUUAUGUCCAACAGUAAAUCACGGAUUUUAUAAAAUAUAUAUAAACAUAUAUCAACCAUACAUAACAAAUAUAAACAUAUGUGUAUGUAUGUGUGCUUAAGUUAUUUACAAAAUUGAGCGUAAAAUUUAAAAAAAAAAAUUAUUAUCGAAUAUCAAUAGUAGAUUUACUUGCAGACAUAUAGAAAUAAAUCCAGGAAUUAUCACGGAAAGAAUUAAAUUUAUAAAAGAAUUAAACAAAUAAAAAUUAGAUAAAUAUGAACUAGACAAAUAGGGAUUAGAUAAACAAGAAUUAGCAAAAGUAUAUUUGAGGGAACGGACACAAAGUUUGAAGAACCUUACGUAAAGAAGGAUAUCAUAGUAGGAUGGCUAAGAAUUGCCAGAAAGAAAUCUUGCAUCUCAAAAGUCAAAGAGAAAAAUGUUUAGAGUUUGCUAAAAUCUAUUAAAUCAUGAUAAAGAAUUUUGUUAAACUGUUAUAUUUUCUGAUGAAACAAAAAUAAAUUUAUUUAGCGCGACCUCUAUAACUCCGCUAAUCUUCACCAUCAACACAGAUGUACGUUAAAUUUUGAAAGUGACUAUGUAUUUGAUUGAUGUUGUUAUUGACAUAUAGAUCUAAUUAUGACAUGACGUAUUUUAGGUGUUACUCGAGAUAGUUUGUGUGAUAUGACAACAAUAAUAAGGGCAGAGCUAAAGCUAGAAUAGCUGAGUUUUUUGUUUAUUGAAUAGGUCUUAUAGGUAUAGGAUAUAUCAUCGCUGUUGUUCUACUAUAAUCUUGCAACGGUAGAAGAUAGAAAAGAAUUUCAUCAGGUAAAAUUUUGAUUAAUCUAGCCGUAGGUGUCCACUCUAAAAGUAACGGUAUUUUGAAUAUUUCAAAAUCACCUGUAUAUCUUUAAAUGGAAUUAUAAAUUUUUGUAUACAUCGAUCGAUCUUUAAAUUGUUUAUAAAAAGCUAUUAAAGCACUUAUAUCGAGAACUGAUUAAUUUCAAAUAUGUUUUAAUCUUAAUAUUGUAAAAUUUAUUAUAUGGAAAAUGACAACGCAACAUUUCCAUAUUUCUGUUUUCUUUGCCUUUCAUACACUCAGUUUGAUGAAAUCUUUUAAGCUAUGUAGUUUCAGCUACAAGUACAGAUUGAUCUAUAAAAAAGAUUUAUAAAUUUACUUAAAAAAAUAGACUUAAAAAUAGACAUGAAAAAGUGUGUGACUUAAGAUCCCGAUCGUGCGUUAUUUGAAACUGUUUAAUUUCGCUUAAUAAAAUAUUUUUCUAUCUUUUACAGUUUCGGAGUUAUAGCUUGACUUUUUGACAAUUUGUUACGUGGGAGACCUCGUAUAUAUAUACAUGUAUAUUAUAGGUGCGAGUGCUCAAGUACUAUCUAUUUAAACAUUGUUGCACUAUCGGCAUAUAGUUGAUAAUCAUUUUACGCGACACAAUAAUUUUACAGCACAAACUGAACGUUUUGUACUUAUACAGUUUCAUGUAUAUUCAGUAUAGCGAAUAUGUACUAUUAAACAUUACAGAAUCUUUAGUAAAGUUUUUUAAAGCACUGCACAUACAAUUGUAAUGCAUUUAAAUUUUUAAAAUAAUAUACAUAUUUUAAAUGAAAUAUAAAAAAUAAUAGCUUCCAGCAUAGAAUCAGUAAAUAAAGCUCAAAUAUAAAUUGAUAAGCAUCGUUGCAUUACAAUGUAAUAUUGUUAUCGCUCUUUUUGUUCAAACGAAUCUCUAGUACAAUAUGAGAUUCUUUUGCAAACAAUAAAUUUAUGCUCGGUGAGCUAAUCAUAGCUAAUCAUAUAUGUAAAGCAGAUAAUAUUUAGCUCUGACGCAGUCAUUGAAUAACAUAAGGUCCAAGAUGCACAAUCCGAAGUUAAGAAAUGUUGCCAAAUGUUAAUCUCAGUCAUCAUCAAGCAUGAGUCAAUGUGUUUUCGAGAUGUAAUACACACCUUGAAUCGCAAUUGUGAAUACGUAUUAGUUCAUUAUUUUUAAGAGAUUAAUAUAGAUAAAACUAAUAGAUGCAGAAAUUUCCGUACAAAUCUUGUGGAAUUCAAUCAUGUAAUCAUGUCUACUGAAAAAGAGGAAGUGUUAUUUAAUGAAAAUGAAAAUAUGCCGAAGAAAAAAACGGAAAAUGUAUAUAAUUCCGAAGAAAAUUUUGAACCACCUGAUGGUGGUUGGGGUUGGGUUGUAGUAGUAGCAGCUGGAUUUUCUAAUCUUUGUAUAUUAACAAUGUUGCAAUCUUUCGGAUUAAUAUUUAGAGACAGAUUUGCAGAACUAGGAAUCAAUUCGUCACAAACAACGACUAUAAUAAAUAUAAAUUUUGCAGUAAAUUCUUGCACUGGUUUAGCUAAUGGUCCUCUGUUUAGAAAAUACAACUAUAGGCAAGUAGCUUUCGUAGGCACUCUAAUUUGCGCUGUAUCGAUCACAGCGUUGUCAAUGACAAGAACUUUUACCGGAGCUUUAAUUUUCUUUUCUAUUUUAUACGGUGCUGGACUUGGUAUAACGAUGUCAUCAAAUACUAUAGCUUUAAAUGCUUACUUCAAAAAGAAAAUAAGAAUUGCUAUUAGCCUUAGCUGGACCUGUACUGGCAUAGGACCAAUAAUAAUGCCGCAAAUAAUUACAUUGCUGACGCCAAUAUACGGUAUGGAAGGUACUAUACUUAUUUUUGGCGGUUUUGCAUUUAACGCCGUAGUUUGUGCUCUUCUGUUGCAACCUGCUUCUUGGCAUGUAAAAAAAGGACGAGAUAUAGAAAAAUCUCCGAAUAUCAAAAACGUGAAUGCCGAAGAAUUGCCAAUGACUGAUAAGAUAACGACGAAUGUUACUUGUCAAAGUACAUCGUUGGAAAAUGUUGCCAAGAAUACGCAAAGUAAUUAUAGUAUUUCGAAUCUUGUGAAAAGAAAGUUUGGAAGCCAAUAUUUGUAUUAUGACGAUGAAGAAUAUGGUGCUUCCGGUAUAGACGUAAUGAGUCCUGGAACACCAAUGAUGUCCCGAGCUAAUGAUGGAUGGUUCUCUAGAAGAAACACUUCAACUACGUCGAUGACGUCUAAAUCAUCGAGAAAGGAAAGCUUUUCAUGGACUCCAAGCCCAACACCAUCGAUAAAUUUAAGUAGACAACCCAGCCUUAAUAAAAGGUCGUCGGUUAAAACUCUUAAUAGACCAAACAGUGAGACAGAAAAAAAUAGAAGAAGACGUUUGAGUUAUCAACCAUCCACCGCUCCAUUGAUUAUCGCUAGCGAAUCUUGCGAACAUGCUGCGUAUUUUGAAGAUUGCAAAGAUCCAAAUUGUCAGCAUAAAUUGCAACAAAAUUCAAUAAUGCUCGAAGAAUUUGAAAAUAAUCAACUCUUGAAGAAGGAAUGUGUGGAGAAGACGACAAAGAAAACGUUCUUGGAAGCAUUGAUAAUCUUUUUCGACCUAGAUCUCCUUCGCGAUUUUGUUUACGUAAAUAUAAUGUUGGGUAUUACCUUCGCCAAUUUCGCAGAGUUAAAUUUUUCGCUCUUAACGCCGUUCAUAUUGAGCGAACGUGGAUUAUCAAAAAUUGAGAUUGCGACUGUGAUGUCAAUUCUUGCUAGUUUCGACGUGGCCACUAGAUUGACAAUUCCUUUUAUUGCCGACUUUAUCGGAUGGCAAAAUAGGACUUUCUUUCUAGUUGGUGUUUGUGGAAUGGCAGCAGGUCGUAUUGUUUUAGCACACGUUCAAAAUUUUGGAGUUACCUUGGCAGUUGCGGUUCUAAUUGGUGCUGGGAAAGCUUUGAAAACAAUCUUUAUGGCCCUUGCAAUCCCUAGUCAUGUUCCUCUGUCGAAGCUUCCAGCUGCGACUGGUAUACAACUUCUAACUUGUGGCAUUGUUUCAUUGUCCUUAGGACCAAUAGUUGGUUGGAUUAGAGACGUAACUUCAAAUUACGCAAUUAUGCUUCAUUUUUUGAACAUUUUCACCUACUUGACUGUAAUUUCGUGGUGGUUAGAAACCUACUUUACGGAACGAAAGUCAACGACAGCAGAAGAAGAAAAAGACAUCAAAUAAAUUAAACAUUUAACACGCUGACGAUUCAUGCAACUCUAACACCGAGUAUUGUUCUUCUCCUUUUUCGUUGACGUAGAAUGAAUAGAACGUCUUGUUUCCCUCUUUUUUGAAUAUGGAAAUUUUCAUUAUUUAAAACAAACUUAUGAAUUAACAGAAAAUAAUCUGUUUGUUAGUUCAGUCUCGAUUAGAUCACUGGAAUUAAAUUUCCUCGGCAAUCAACGUGUUUUUCCAUGAUAUGGAAUUUUUACGACGACAAAUAAACGAGCACGUAUUUCGUAUUUAUUUAUAACAAAAAAUGCUGUAUGAUCAUAUACAUAUGUAUAAACAAAUAACAAGUAAUUAACAAUGUAUUUAAAUUAUGUAAAUGUUAACAUUGAAUUUUAGAUAUGAGCUUUUCUGAGAUAAGAAGAAGAUAUGAAUACUGCUGAUUAUCUAUCCUUUCGUAUUAUUACGAGCAAUUUUAAUUCAUUGUUGUAACGUGAAUCGUAAAAUGUAGGCGGAUGAUAUUUUUAUACACUUGAAGUGCUAAAUGAUGUAAACAUAAAAAUUAGGACAACACGAUGCUAUAUGAUUUUACAUUAAUAACGAAAUAUUUUCAGUUUACGCGAUAUGCAAUGACAAAGCAUUAUAAAGAUAAAGAUUAGAUUAAUCAGCGGUACGUACUUGACUUUAUCGUUUACAAGGUAGAAUUCACUUUGUGCGGAAAACUUCUCUCAGUACCUGCCAUGUUAGAAACGUAAGACUGAUAUCAACGUCGUUUAUUGUAAUUACUCUAUUAUGCUGUAAAAUUGUCUUAAUUUCGUUUAAGUACAUUGUUAUGAAAUUGUGUGAGCGUAACUCAUGUCUUUUAUGUUGAAAAGAAUGGCAAAAUGUGUUCACUAAAAAAUAAGUGAAACCUUUUACGUUAUAAUACUGUUAUUUGUUAUUAGGAAUUAAUCUGUUGUGUUAAUUUUUUAAGCUGUUAUUACUAUCAUUGUUAUUAGAAAUUAAUCCCGUUUAAAUGUAAAUGAUAUAACCACAUGAAACGCAACAUUAGGUAAUAUAACUUUUAAACAUACGUAAGAUGUUAACCGAACAAUUGUAAAGAAGAUUACUUAAAAGCUAAUAUAUUUUUAUUGUUAAUGUUCUGUGAACGAAGAUGAUAUAAAUAAAGAAGCCAAUGCAAUCAUA